AUGCCAGGGGGAGAAGGCGUCGUUAGCAAAGUACUCGCCGCGUUCCUCUGCGUGACGACGGCGCUCAGCCUUGCGACGACGGCCGUCCCGCGCGUCUUCGGCCUCGUCCCGGCACACACCUUCUCGGUGCAUAGCUACCCGUGGAACGUCGUGAGCUACAUUUUAGUGGAGCAGAACAUCCUUCUCUGCGUGUGCAGUGUUGGUUACAUGCUCACAGUUGGUGUGACUGUGGAGGAGGACGUGGGAACCUCGACUUUCCUGCAGCUAGUUGUGGUGACGGCCAUCGCAACCGCCGCCGUGCUGCUUGUGCUGAGUGCGGUGCUGUACCAGGUGGGCUUCUUUUGGUUUCUGCAGUGCUACUGCGGCGCCUGGCCCAUCGCGGCGGCGCUCCUCGUCCCGUGGGUCGCGGCGUCUCCGGCGGCAGGUGCGUUUCCCACAAUGUUGUCGCCGAAGGUGCAGCGGCAGCACGUGCCGACAAUGCUCCUCAUCUUUGCACUUGUAGUGGACAUAGUGUUUCGUAAGCGUUACAAGAUCACUGAGGAAGACGUUGAUAGCCAAACCAUCUUCCCCGGCAGCGUCUUCAUCCUUGCGUUUGUGGGGCUAUGGACCUCGUGGCUGCUGCAGCGGCUCUUCCGCUUGAAAGCAACAAUCGCCUUGGGCGUUCUGCUCUACCCGGUUGCCUCGGUCUGCUUCGGUGCCAAGUCGCAGCUCGGCAACAGCAACAAUAACAACAGCCAUGCUGGUGAUACGCUGGAUACGGGGGCGGUGUCCAUAUCAGUUCUGCAUAGCGCCGCGAACAUGACCCUGUUGCCGGGGUCGACGGAGGAGGAGGCGGAGCGGCGGCGCUCCAUUGCACUCGCAGCACUCAGCACACGGCUCCAGCAGGCAGUACCCACCCAGGCGGGUGAAAGGAGGAACGUCAUGCCAGUCUGA